UGACGUCACGGCGCGGGCGGAAGAUGGCGGGGCUGUGCUCCGGCGGCCGCUGACCAGGCGGAGCGCAGCCUGAGCCCCAGCCCGGCUCCCGCUGCCAUUGAGCGGCUGCCGCCAUGUCGCUGCUGCAGUCCGCGCUCGACUUCCUGGCGGGCCCGGGCUCCCUGGGCGGAGCUGCCGGCCGCGACCAGAGCGACUUCGUGGGGCAGACGGUGGAGCUGGGCGAGCUGCGCCUGCGGGUGCGGCGGGUCCUGGCCGAGGGAGGAUUUGCAUUUGUAUACGAAGCUCAAGACCUGGGAAGUGGCAGAGAGUAUGCAUUGAAGAGGUUACUGUCCAACGAAGAGGAAAAGAACAGAGCCAUCAUUCAGGAAGUUUGCUUCUUGAAGAAACUUUCUGGCCACCCCAACAUCGUCCAGUUCUGCUCUGCAGCAUCCAUAGGAAAAGAGGAGUCGGACACUGGGCAGGCCGAAUUCCUCCUGCUCACGGAGCUCUGUAGAGGGCAGCUGGUGGAAUUUCUAAAGAGAGUUGAAUCUAAAGGCCCUCUGUCCUGUGACACCAUUCUGAAGAUCUUUUACCAGACGUGCAGAGCAGUGCAGCACAUGCACAGACAGAAGCCACCUGUCAUCCACAGAGACCUCAAGGUUGAGAACUUAUUGCUUAGCAACCAGGGGACCAUUAAGCUGUGUGACUUUGGCAGUGCCACAACCAUCUCGCAUUACCCUGACUACAGCUGGAGCGCCCAGAAGCGAGCAAUGGUGGAGGAGGAGAUCACGAGGAACACCACACCCAUGUACAGAACCCCAGAAAUCGUAGACCUGUACUCCAACUUCCCCAUCGGAGAGAAGCAGGACAUCUGGGCCCUGGGCUGCAUCCUGUACCUGCUGUGUUUCCGGCAGCACCCUUUUGAGGAUGGUGCAAAGCUUCGCAUAGUCAACGGGAAGUACUCGAUCCCCGGGGACGACUCUCGGUACACCAUCUUCCACAGCCUCAUUCGUGCCAUGCUGAGGGUCAACCCUGAGGAGCGGCUGUCCAUCACAGAGGUGGUCCGCCAACUGCAGGAGAUGGCCGCAGCCAGGAAUCUGAACCCCAAGGCACCCAUCACGGAGCUGCUGGAGCAGAAUGGAGGCUGUGGGAACCCAGGGCCAUCCCGAGUGCCACCCCCCGCCGGAGGCCCUGUGAGCUGUGGCUACAGUGGAGGCCUGGCACUGGCUGAGUACGACCAGCCUCACGGUGGGCUCCUGGACAUCCUGCGGGGUGGGACCGAGCGACUCUUCACUAACCUCAAGGACACCUCCUCCAAGGUCAUCCAGUCUGUUGCUAACUAUGCCAAGGGUGACCUGGAUAUAUCCUACAUCACAUCUAGAAUUGCUGUGAUGUCCUUCCCAGCUGAAGGCGUGGAGUCAGCCAUCAAGAAUAACAUUGAGGACGUGCGGCUGUUCCUGGACGCCAAGCACCCAGGGCACUACGCUGUCUACAACUUGUCCCCACGAACCUACCGGGCCUCCAAGUUCCACAACCGGGUCUCUGAGUGCGGCUGGGCAGCCAGGCGGGCCCCACACCUGCACAGCCUGUACACCACCUGCAGGAACAUGCACUCCUGGCUGCGGCAGGACCACAGGAACGUCUGUGUUGUGCACUGUAUGGAUGGGAAAGCUGCGUCCGCUGUGGCUGUGUGCGCCUUCCUGUGCUUCUGCCGUCUCUUCAGCACUGCAGAGGCCGCCGUGUACAUGUUCAGCAUGAAGCGCUGUCCGCCAGGCAUUUGGCCAUCUCACAAAAGGUACAUCGAGUACGUGUGUGACAUGGUGGCGGAGGAGCCCAUCACGCCGCACAGCAAGCCGAUGCUGGUGAAGGCUGUUGUCAUGACUCCCGUUCCCCUGUUCAGCAAGCAGAGAAGCGGCUGCAGACCCUUCUGCGAGGUCUACGUGGGGGACGAGCGCGUGGCCACCACAUCCCAGGAGUAUGACAGGAUGCGGGAGUUCAGGAGCGAGGACGGCAAGGCGGUCAUCCCCCUGGGCACAACGGUGCAAGGGGACGUGCUCCUCAUCAUUUACCAUGCCAGGUCCACACUGGGGGGCCGGCUGCAGGCCAAGAUGGCCUCCAUGAAGAUGUUCCAGAUUCAGUUCCACACUGGCUUCGUGCCUCGGAACGCCACCACCGUGAAAUUUGCAAAGUACGACCUGGACGCAUGUGACAUCCAAGAGAAGUACCCAGACCUGUUCCAGGUGAGCCUGGACGUUGAGGUGGAGCCCAAGGACAGGCCGAGCCGGGUGGCCCCGCCAUGGGACAGCACCAGCAUGAGGGGGCUGAACCCCAAGAUCCUGUUCUCCAGCCGGGAGGAGCAGCAGGACAUUCUGUCUAAGUUUGGGAAGCCGGAGCUCCCCAGGCAGCCGGGUUCUACAGCUCAGUACGAGGCUGAGGUGGGGUCUCCAGAGGCUGAGCCCUCAGAGUCGGACUCUCCACAGAGCAGCGGCACUGACGCCAGCCACUUCCUCCACACGCUGGACUGGCAGGAGGAGAAAGAAGCAGAAACUGGUGUGGAAAAUUCCUCUCCCAAGGAGAGUCCAUCUGCCCCAGUUGCAGAUGGAGAGGGGAGCGAAGCCUCAGAUGAAGAGCAGCAGACCUUCCCUGGUGAAGACACGCCUGGCCUCGCUGCAGGGACUGACCAGGGGGACUUGACACUGCAAGUGGGCUCCUCAGUGGCACCACAGGAGCCCCUGCCACAGGAGGAGGGUGUAGACCUCCUGGGGCUGCACUCAGAGGUGGACCCAGGGCCAGCGCCCCCCUCGCAGGCCCCCUCCAGCAAUGCAGACCUGCUCAGCCGCCUUCUUGGAGCACCCAAUGGCACUCCAGAGGGGCCCCCGGACGACCUGCUCCUGGCCAGCCCAACCCCACCCCGGAGCACGCAGAGCACCCUGCCAGGAGGGCCUCCCAGCCCUGCAGACCCAUUCGACCCGCUCCGGCCACCAGCAGACUCUAGCUCGCAGCCCUGCACUGCGCCUGACCUGCUUGGCGAGCUCCUCGGCCCCGACUCCACAGCAGCAGCUGCCUCACCUGUCUUCCCUGCCACCCAUAGCGCCCCGCCCCCGUCCUGCAAUGCAACCUUCCUGCACUUGGGGGGUCUGCCCACAGAGCCCAGCAAGGUGACAGCCUCCUCCAGCCACCCCGAUCUGCUGGGGGGAUGGGACACCUGGGCCGAGGCUGCUGUGCCCACGCCAGCCCCCAUGUCAGCCGCAGAAGGCCCCCUUUUCUCUCCAGGAGGUCAGCCGACCCCACCUGGCCUGCAGCCCAGCCAGACCAAACCUCAGAGCCUGGACCCCUUCGCUGACCUAGGCGACCUCAGCUCCGGCCUCCAAGUGCUGGUCUCCUGGGCUUCCCUGCCGUGUCCCACCUGUCUCGCUGCUCGUCUGCUCUGGGGAGGGUGCGUGUUAUCACCUCUUUCCACGAACUCACCCUGAGUUCCUGGUGUCCACGUCAGGUCAUGCUGGCCUGAAGUCCCCAGGGGCCACUGCCUGUGUCUUUGCUUCCUGUGUGGCCUGGGUGCCCUGUGUGAGUGCAGGUGGCACUAUGGGGUGGUACCCUUGGAGAGCACCAGCUCCUGAUGCUGCCAGGCUUCAUGCCCGGGGAGGACAGCACUUCUAGGGCAGCACCUGCUCUGGACAGAGCUGACUGUCAGCUUGCUGGGGGUGGCCCCUGGGACCUCUCCUCACUUGCCCUCAGAAAGCAGCAGCCCUGAGGGGUUGGAGCUGAGACACCUGCAAGGAGCCUGGAUAUCCCUGGUCAUGGCUGGGCUGGGUCUGCCCACUCCUGUGUCCCUGGCAGGCGCUGCGGAGCACAGAGCCUCUCAUUUAGCCAUGGCCUCUGGCAGGACAGGGAUGGCAGGAGCCCCAGGAGCAAAGCAGCUUGGGGACCCCGAGGCCGCGCCUCAGGGCAGAGCAGUAGAGCCACCACCUUGAGGAGGGCCGAGCCCCAGCAGGCACACAGAGGGCACUGUCAAGAGUCCCCCAGGAGCUGUGGUUUGACCUGCCAAGACCCUGAGGAUGAGCACAGUGCCAGUGGUCUAGAGUUCUGGGCACACAGCCCUGGAGGCUCCAGUCCUCAAAGCCAUGACACCAGUGUGAGGAGGUGUGGAAAGUGGGCUCCGGUGAGCACAGAAGGCGCCACGGUCUCUGGGACAAGCUGGGUCACUCCCCGCUGGCUCUGCACAGCCCCCUGAUGCCAGGUCAGACGGGCCAGUGCCCACCCAGAGCACAGACCCUCGGCAGGCAAGACCUGAGCUAGCGGCAUUCGCACACUUGGGGAGUGACCGCCUGUAGCGCACAGGACACGUGAGGGAUGCAGCUGGCUCAGCGCUCAGCCUCAGGGAACGGCCAGCCAGGGCCUCGUCGCAGCUCUCCAUGCUGGCCCAGGAGGACUGCCAGUGCCUGUCUUCCUUGGUGGGCAAAGGGGACUGGGACUCACACUCAGGAGAAACAGUGGACAUUGGGCCUCCAGGAAGGGCCAUGGUCACGUGUACAGGAGACACCCAGGAGUCUGGAUCCACUUGUUCACAGAGGUACAGGGUGAAGAGAGCACAGAGACCUCGUGUUGUCAACCAGUAGAGACACAAGCAGCAGCACCUUCAUGGCCACUUAACAGCGCCAUGGAGGCGUAAACCCAAAAAGCUCACACAGAACCUGGAGCCAAAACCACAGGAGCAGCGUAGAAGCCAGAGGCCAGGGCGGCAGGUGGGAUCCACACAGGCCCAGCCCACGUCCAGCAGCCUUCAGGAGCAGCAGGGCUUCUCCCAGAACCCAGAAGGGACUUUGUAGAUGGACGUGCUGUCGCCGCAUUCAUUUGGAAGGCAGAUGAACCAGCACGUUGGACACGGCAAUGGGAGUGAGCGAGAGACCUGGCUCUCAGAGGUGGACCCACACAGUGAGCAGCCUCGCAGAUGGGCUGGAGCCCAGGCCUCCGGACACGCACAGGCUGCCUCGGGCCUUCCACCAGUUGACUGAAGAGCACAGGCAGGCGCACAGUGUGGAAGCGCGCAGCCUGGAGGGCAAGGAGGAGCUUGGUCUCUGCGGUAGUGCUCAUGGACAGCCCUCGUCCGCGGGGUAUCAACGAGUGACGGGUUGAGGGAGACGUUUAGAACAGUGAAAGCAAAGCAGGUUCAGUCUGGUAGGUAGCGGGCGCAGCAGCCGGCGUGGCCGAGACACCAGCACCACCCUCCUGAAGGACACCCACCUCAGACGUCCAGGAGGGAGGGUGCAGCCACUGAAGCACCCCUGGCAACAGCCAGCCUGGGCUCUGUGGGAGGACACACCAUGAUUCCCCCACUGUCCACACCCAGACCUAUUUCUAGAACAUCCUUCAGGGGCAGCUGUGGUGGAGCCACAUGUGUCCUGACGUCCCGUGGCCUCUGGCCUGGGGACGUCCAGUGCAGGUGCCGGGGCCUCUCCCUGCCACAGGAGCUUCAUGGCUUCCCUGGUGCCGGUGAGCUCAUUGGAGCCCCAGCUCUGCAAGGCAGGGGCGCUGGUUGAUGAGAACAUGCUGCCUGUCCCCCCCCCCCUCCCGGGGAGGCCCUGGGGAGCUGGUGGGAGGCCCUGGUGAUUGGGCGGCCUGGCCUGGGGGCCCGCUGCCUGCUGUAGCCUGGC